AUGUCCGACCCCAUCUCUCCGUCUCCGCGUAUGUUCGAUCGCAUGCCGGCUCCGGUUGUCGACGAUGCCGUCCACGCCCCGGUGCAGGGUAUCCUGAAGAAGGUCAAGGAGCAGAUUCCUGCGAAGCCCAUUACCACGAACGCGAAGCUCGCCACGACCUCGAAGAAGCCGCGCGCCAUCCAGGUCGAGGUCAUCCCCGACAACGAGGGUGAGCCCCUCAACGUGCUUCCCUCGGACGCGCGCUCGCUUCUCGAGCCCAUCACCGUCGCGCCGCGGCCCAGCGCCCCGCCCCACGCCUUCAAUCAUAUCUUCGACUACGACGAGCCCAGCGCGUCGGGUGCGCAGACGUCAUCCUCCCAGGGCUCGAGCUCGAACAAGGCCGGCGAUAGUGCGGCAAUGAACGCGAAGGCGGCUAGCAGUGGCAAGAACGACAAGGCGAAGCAUGUGCGGUGGACGCCGAGUGUGUCGGGGACGAACGCGGGCCAGGCGGAGGGGCCCUCUGGCGCGGAUGUCCGCCCGGUGCCGGGCAAGCAGGCGCCGGGGCGCCCGCCCAUCCGCGCGCGGGCGAGCAUGCCGGCAACGGGGGCGGAGAAGCAGGGCGCGGGGCAGAAGCACGGCGACGACCUCCAGCGCAUUGCGGUAGAGGCUAUCGAGAACCUCAAGCAGACGCGGAACAAGCCGCCGUCUGCCGUCUAG